AAAAUUUGAGCUGGAGACUUAUUAUGUUUCUGUGCGAUCUUUAUAACAACAGGAUUGGCUAAUAAAUCAGGAAGGACAUCCGUCUUUCCCAAUAAUCUCACCAAUCCUCGAGAACCCAAAGGUUAUACAAAAAUUCGAAGAAAAAACGGCUUGCGAUAGAAUUUUCUCCUUCGCGGUAUGGUAGCGAAUGGAUUAACGUGUAUUUCAUAUUAUUAAAUUAUUUUAAAUUUUUAUUUCAUGUUCAUAUUAUUACAUAAACAACAACUCUAUCCAUUUCACUUUCACCAAAUCCAUUCUACUCCGCAUUUAAGUUAUUUCUAUAUCUUUACAAUCAUUUAUAUUAAAUGUUACAUUUAUUGCACUAAAUAUUUAUUAUAUUUCAUAAAUAUCGUUUAUCACAAGAUUUAUCGUAAAAGAUCUUACGUAAAAGAUAUGCUGUAGGAGAUAUUAUAUAAGAGAUUGUUGCGUCUUGAUAAGAUUGAUAAGAUAACUGAACUAUAAUUUAAAAUAUGUGUGAUAGUUUUAUAAUUUCGAAUAUUUCUUUAAUAUGAAUCAAUCGGUAUAUUUAAAAGAAUUCCAUUAUUUAUGGUAAGUAUGAUAAGUAAAAAAUACGGAAGAACUUUCUCUGACCUUGAUAGAAAUAUGUGUCAGAAAACGGUAUGUUCUGAAUCAUCAGUUUUAUACGUAUUCUCAUAAUUAUGCAUAAACUAAAGACAUUAUCGCGUAUUGAAAAUAUUUUAAAUAGAAUAAUAUUUUAUCUCAUGUAUAUCUGUAUAAAUUGUGGAACUGAAACAGAGGAACUUUAUAGACGAUAUUGUCCAAGUGUGCUUAAAGUUUUGAAAUGCGUCAAAUGUGGAUUAUUAGCUGACAAAUACAUCGAAUAUGAUCCUGUUAUUGUAUUCGUUGAUCUUAUUUUAUUAGAAAAACAAGCCUAUCAGCACCUUUUAUAUAAUAGUAAUUUUAAAUCAUAUUGGAAGUUAAUGGUAAUGUUAUGGUUGGCUGAAGCCUUUAGAGCUUGGUCUUUUUGUGAAUCUGUUAAUAGUCAAAAAACCAAUAUAGAUAUAGGCAAUAGAGAUGUAUUUCAAGGAGACUGUAAUUUUUAUAUUCUGCUAUUACAAACUGCCAUUACAUUGACAGUAUUUAUUGCUACUGUAAUUAUUGUAACUGAAUUACGUUGGUUGCUUAGCAGAAAAAGGCCACACAAAUAUAAUGCCAAAGAUUUAACUAGAGCACUUAUUGUGGGAGGAUGUUCAAAGUUGUUUGGAUUAUUAUCUAUCGUAUGGGAACCUAUAGGAUUAGAUCUACAUUACAUAUUUGUUCAGGGCUAUACAGUUUUAUGCCUUAUGACAGCGUAUUCAGUUGUCUGUAAGACUGGGAAAAGUGGAUCUUUGAUUGGAUUGAUCACUGGAUUUUUGGUUUGCGAUUACAUUUCUAAUUUUGUUUCUAUAUUGCCUUUGUGAUCAACAUUAUUCUAAUGUAAGGAUUGAUCUAAUAACGG